AUGGCUGGAAACAACAACAACAUCAACGUCCCAAAUCUUGAUCCCUUCCACCUAGACGAUCUCAUUCAAGGUUCCGCCCCCGACGGGACGAAUCGACAUCGGCGGGAGGGACAACAGCUUACCGCUGACGGGCAAGGAAGACCGAGGCAUGAGACCUCGCAACCUAGCAAAAGACAGCAACCUCAAAACGUCGAGCAAGCUCAAAACGGUGGCAACGAGCAACUUCAAAAUAACAGAAACGAGCUCGCUCUAGUUCAGAACAACGAAACAGACACAAGAGACGGGCAGCCCGCCUCCUCUUUCACUCAUACCUCCCAGAGGCGAAGAAACCAGCAGGAUGACGACCAGGAACAAGUCGACAUCUCUGAAGAUACCGACUCCACAACCGUCCUUUUGCUUGCCGCCCUCAAGAAGACCAAUCACCUCAUCCGACAACAAAGCGAGCGGAUUGACAGGAUGGAAAGGAAGCGACAAUCACGAUCUCCACCAAGGAGACACUACCGAUCGCGUUCCUACUCCUCCUCGCGCUCCCCGCCAAGGAGGUAUCGUCGACGCUCACCAUCUUCUUCGCGCUCCCCACCUAAGAGGUACCGUCGUCAAAGGUCUUACUCCCGCUCUCCUCGGCGGAAAGGUAGGAAGAACCAGGCCUCCGAUGAAGUAGAGACGGGUAGCCCGUCACCCGAACAAGAUCGCCGAGGCUCCACCAAGGCUGUACCAAAACCCCACGAGCGUCCCUCCCCCGAGGACAAUCGUAGGACAUUUGGGAAAUCACAAGGGAAACCCCGAAGAAAACACAAUAACCGCGGAGGGAAUUCGACCUCCCCCGUACCAAGUGACGAGGAAGACUUCCGCAGCCCUCUGUCGGAGGAGAUCCGGCGAGCCCGCCUGCCCCGAGGAAUGGAGAAACCUCCAACCCUGGACCCUUACGACGGGACUACGGACCCCGACGAUCAAAUUCGGAGCAUCGAAGCCAUCAUGGACUAUCACGUGGUCCGAGGGUCCAUCAAAUGUCGGAUAUUUCCGGCCACCCUCAGAAAGGGAGCAAUGACCUGGUACAGAAAUCUUCCUCCCAACUCCAUCCACUCUUGGGCAGAACUCAAGAAGCUCUUAUCCAACCACUUCACGGCCUCUCGCCGACAACCAAAAUCUGAAGCGACCCUCGAAGCUGUCAUCCAGGGUACCGACGAACCUCUCCGGGACUAUCUCGAUAGGUUCAACAAAGAAGCCGUCCAAGUCCAGACGACUGACCAUAUGAAAAGGUAUCUCCUCGAACGAGGACUCCUCCCGGGGAGCGACUUCAAGAAGGCGAUCAAAAUUGAGAAAGUCCGCACCAUGGACGCCCUCCUCCUCAAAGCCCAAGCUUACAUUGCUUUGGAGAAAGGCGAAGCUGCCGUGAAGAAGGCUUCAAGAGGCAACGACACCGCCCGCAGCUCGAGUCGGGGAAGCAAAAAAACGAGAGACGACAGGUCCCGCGAUACAAAAGAUCACAGGGGACCUUCUGGUCGUUUCACUGACUACACCCCUUUGAACGCUCCGCGCGAGCGUAUUCUGCUCGAGUGCCAGAAUACUGAGUUCAAAAAAUCCAACGUCAAACCCCCAAGUCCAAACCCCACCAGGCCGGGAACUGACAAAUCUAAGUACUGCAAGUAUCACAAGAGCCACGGGCAUCUAACCGACGAAUGCAUACAUCUCAAAGAUGCCAUCGAGACUCUGAUCAACGAGGGUCGUCUGUCUAAAUACACAAAGAAAGGAGAACCUCCUCGGAGAGAGGGACCGAGAAACUCCGACAACGACAAUUCACCGGACAGCCGACCGCUGGAAGUUGCCCUGUCUGUUACCCGACCAGAAGAUUUCAUCCCUUCAGUUGGAGUGGCAUCCGCUUUCAGCACGUGGGAAGGAUUCCCGACCACGAUGGUCAUCUCCAACGGCGGGGAUCCGGGGUCGCUCACGAUCAGCUCAGUAAAAAGAAAAUUUGACGAGCUGAUCACAGCCAACUCAGAUCUCGGCCCAACCCUGCAAAAGUUCAGAGGCAAAUCAGAUCCAAUCCCUUUCUAUCUAGAAGAGCUCCCCGGUGGAGCCCUAAAUGCCACGAUCCCCCUGCUCGUUCGAGCAAGGAUGGAAAAUUUCGACGUCCGACGAGUCUUGAUUGACGAGGGGAGCUCGGUCGACAUCAUGUACUCCCAUCUCUUCAAAACCCUCAAGUUGGACGACUCCCACAUCACUCCAUAUGUAGGCUCCGACCUCCAGGGCUUCAAUGGGGCGACCACCAAACCCUGGGGAUACGUCGAACUAAUUGUCACUUUCAGGGAAGGAGAAGCUUCCAGACAGGUCAAGACGCGGUUUAUAGUGAUCGACUGCAAGACCCUCUACAACUGUAUCAUUGGAAGUCCUACUCUAGCUGAACUCACGGCCGUCCCCUCGACCGUGCACCUAAAGAUGAAGUUCUACACGAAAAGGGGAUGA